AAUUUCCACAUGCUCCAUCUGCUACUGCAGAAAGUAGGUUAGCAGAGCUGGAGCAGUCCGAGAGAGAGGGAGAGGGAGGCAGGUACCCAGAGUGACUGAGAAGGAAGAGCCAGUCACUUGCCCAGAAUUAGUGGAGCGAAACAAGACCGGGGAGGAAGGCUCCAACCCUGGAUAUUUAAUUUAUCAAAGGAAUUGCUGCUAUUCCAGCUGCCUGCGCUGCAAGUUUUCAUGAUAUUCCCAACACAGUCCUAAUACCAGCAAGCCAAGAUGCGAGCCCAAAUCGAAGUGAUCCCAUGUAAGAUCUGUGGAGACAAGUCUUCAGGGAUUCACUAUGGAGUCAUUACAUGUGAAGGCUGCAAGGGCUUCUUCAGGAGAAGCCAACAGAAUAACGCCAGCUACUCCUGCUCACGCCAGAGGAACUGCCUGAUUGACCGGACCAACCGAAACCGGUGCCAGCACUGCCGCCUGCAGAAGUGCCUGGCCCUGGGCAUGUCGCGUGAUGCGGUGAAAUUUGGGCGCAUGUCCAAGAAGCAGCGGGACAGCCUGUAUGCUGAGGUACAGAAGCACCAGCAGAGUCAGGAGCAGAAUGGCAUCGCCAAGGACGACUCGGAAGGCCUGACCCGCGUCUACACAACCAGCGUGAGCAGCGGGCUCUCUGACCUGGAUGACAUCUCCACCCUGUCGGACGGGCUCCUCUUUGACUUCCCGCUCACCCCCGAAGGGGGCAGCACCUACUACAACCUUGACCUCCUGACCUCCGCUCAGCCCUCGCCGGACCAGUCCAGCAUGGACAUCAGUGAUGCCAAGCUCAUCAAGCAGGAGCCCAUCUACGAGCUGAUGCUUGAACCAAGCCUCUUCACACACAGCACCUUGGAAGGCAGCCAGCUCACCUCGGAUAUUUCAGUGAUUGAGACUGACCGAAUUGCACAGACCGUGGUCAAAUCCCACCUGGAGACCUGCCAGUACACGACCGAGGAGCUCAAGAAACUAGCAUGGACAUUGUACACCCAAGAUGAGAUCCGGAACCUGCAGAACAAGAGCUGUGAGGCCAUGUGGCAGCAGUGCUCCCUGCAGAUCUCCAAUGCCAUCCAGUACGUGGUGGAGUUUGCCAAGCGCAUCGACGGCUUCAUGGAGCUCUGCCAGAAUGACCAGAUCAUCCUCCUGAAAGCAGGUUGCCUGGAAGUGCUUCUCAUCCGAAUGAUACGGGCAUUCAACCCCUUGAACAACACGGUGCUCUUUGAGGGGAAGCACGGCGGAGUGCAGAUGUUCAAAUCACUUGGCUGUGAUGACCUCAUCAAUGCCAUCUUUGAGCUUGGAAGGAACCUGUGCCGGCUACAGCUGUCAGAGGAAGAGAUUGCCCUAUUUACUGCUGCUGUCCUGUUCUCUCCAGAUCGCCCGUGGCUUACGGAGUCCAAGAAGGUGCAGAAGCUCCAAGACAAGAUCUACUUAGCUCUGCAGCAUGAGAUCCGGAAGAAGCACUCCAGCGAGGAUAAGCUUUCCAAGAUGGUUUCCAAACUGCCCUUGAUGAAAACCAUUUGUAACCUGCACUUGGACAAGUUGGAAUUUUUCCGGCUCCUGCAUCCGGAGACUGCUCUGAAUUUCCCCCCUCUGUACAAGGAGGUCUUCAACUCAGAGCUCCAAUACAGUGACCCACGAGAGAGCUAAGGCCAAACUACCUGCUAGUUCCCAAAGUCUGGAGGCAAACAGAAACUUCCGGAGUUGAGGAGAUUUAUUUAAAUCAAAGAAUCAAGCCCAAAAGACCCUUUGGGGCUGGGUUAUCUCCCCUCAGCCCCACCUCCUUGCUGUGGAUUGCAAUAGCUCUUGAAUGUAAUGCACCUUGAAGGAAAAGCAAACUGACUUUGCCACGCCGGUGAAAUGAAUGUGAAAUCUCCGCUCAGUAGAGGAGACUCUCCUGUAAGUAGUAUGGUACCAACACCUCCCCCAGUGCACGGAUCUCAGUGGAGCAUGCCCACGCACGCACAUCCACAAGACACAGCGAAGGGACCUGCCCACCAGCGCUCGUCCGAGGAUCAGAAUUUGUUCCCACCUUGUUUUAUGUUUGUUUUUAAAUUAAACAAAACCCAGAGUGACGGAAUGAAAAAAGGGGCAAUACAGACUUGUUCAGAGAGGAGGCAAGCAAAAGAGUUAGGAUCCUUCCAGCUUUUGGACCUUAACUAGACCAGAGCAGAGGUAGAAAGUCAGUGUUUUACUCCUGCAUUACACUGGGGUUAAUAACAGCACAAGGUACAGGGCAACAAAAAACCAGGCCCAUAGUGACCAGGCUACCCUGGGAAAAAUGGGGAGGCAGAAAUUGAAUAUAGCAUCCUCAUAAGGAAAAGAAAGCUGCUAGGGUAAGAGUCUGAAGACUUCCAGUGAAGCAGGUUGAAUGAGCUCCACGGUCAGGGUUAGACUGCGUCUCCAGCUCUUUGCAUCUAGGCAGAGUCAGCUAAGUCUGCCACCCCUCUGAAGUCCAUGCGAUCGACUAAACAAGUGUUCCAGGAAUACUACCUGCCUUGCAUGGACAUUAAGUCUGGUGCACUUUCCCUAAAAGAACAGAUUUGCUCUCAUACCCAUGGCCAAAUCUCAGCCUCCAGCUAAUGUGUACUGCUGUUGUGCACUGCCCUGUACCCCAGAGGCAGCUGCAUUUUAGAGGUGCUGUGUGCAUAGUGUCACUGCUUGGGGGUGAAAGCCACUGAAACCAGCAGUAUGGUUGCAAUCAGUAGUUAGUUUGGACCAUGGAUGUUAUAUUUUCAUAGAAACCCCUGCUAAAGCUGUCCCAUGAAACCCGGUGUCUCAGAUGAACCUUCUUUUCCCAGAGAAUUACUUGCUAAGUGAAGAAUUCCCUACUCCCCAUAUACAAAGAGUGGUGAGCCUCUUAGAGCCUCAGCCUUCAGGGUCAGGCCACUCAUGUUCAUACAGGUAGAGGUCCCAAAUUCGGUCCCCAUGGUUGAUGACUCAUUCAGGGAUGCAGCAUUACUGAGUGGGCAACGGGGGCAAUGCAUCAAAGGCAUCCCUGUGGGCCUGAUCCUGACUGGUGCUCCACUUCCACUGACAGCCAGCACCUUGAGGCACACUAUAAGAGAGGUGAAUUCCCCAUGCUCCGUGCAAAGCAAGCUGCAAAGAAUGCUGCCUGCCAACUCACCAGCAGUGUCAGGGGAAAGCAGAGACCAUCCUCUCUUUUGCCUCUUCAGUUCCUGGACAGUGAAUUGUUCCUAAGACUUUUUUGGUUGCUUUUUGCUACUGAUUUUUUUUUUUUUUUUAUGGUUCACUCUUAGUUUAGCAGAACUCAAGGGAACUUUUAUCAACAGCAAAAUUACUGUGUGUUGACAGAGACAAAGGUAAUUAUUCCUCUUCCCCACGCCAUCUCCAGUCUCCCCAAAGGCUAUUUUGUAGGGGAUGUACUACUAAUGAUGUCUCAGAGAAAAAAGACCAGGAUCUACUUCCUUUGAGAACACCAAGGUGGAGGGACACCGUCUCUUUUGCUCUGUGUGACCACCCAUCGCUUAGUUAUGCUGCUGGCAAUCUAUUUUCUACGCCCUGCCUCCCAUUGCCAAAACUUUUAGGAGGGGGGGGAAAAAGUGUUAGAAAGACAACAGUAACUUCUACCAACUAAGGGCCAAUUUCCAGAGUCUCCUCCCCCCAUCCCCCCAUUUAUUCAUUCCUUAUAUAGAUACGGCCCUUUUCUAGUAGCCUAGGUCAUCAACAGGGUUUGAACUGAAGUCCUGCAAAUCCAUAGUGCAGACCUCUUCUACUUCAGCUAAAUGAACAUCUCCAAGGCAGGUUUUUGUCUUCUGUGUCAGUGUUUCCUUACUUUUGCUGGCCCAUGGACAACGAAUCUCGAGAGAACAUCAGGCUUUGCUCUCCCUGUUGACCUUAGCACUAGAAUAUUAGUCCUGUGGCUGGAAGCAGUGGCAGAGGGCCGAGUGGUCAGCAUCCUGCCUGUGAGCUCCAGGUUGGAUACUGCUGCUGUAAGCAAACCAGCCUGCAAAAGGUGAACACAACUCUCACUUAUUCGGUCAGAGCUCUCUGAGGUGGGAAUCCUAUGACUCUACCUGAGUAAAGGCAGAAUAUAACCUGAACAAGAACCUGGGGCUUGGAUCUUUCCUGAAAGCUACGGUAUGCAAGAUACUGCCGCAGGCUAUUUCUUUUUGUUUCCUGCCUUCCUAACCUUCGCAGGGGAGAUCAGAACUCUCUGGCCUAACUUAUAUUCAUGACACUUAUACACCCAUUGCCUGUCCCUGAAUUUGCUCAAAUUGCAGAAGGCUUCUGGUUGACAGCAAUGUUGAGUGCCAUAUACCAGGGGUAGGCAACCUUUUCUAGCUGUGGGCCGGAAUGACCCACCCCAAAGUGGAGGCAGCUAGGGGAUGGGCACUAGGGUCUGGUUGCUGCUGCUGCUUUUCCCUGCAACAGCACAGGGACAGCAGCCAAAGUCCAAGCCCCAUGUCCAGGCCAGAUCCAAUGGUCCUCAAGGCCGUAGGCUACCAACCCCCGCCAUAUACUGUUUCCCGAGGCAGUAUUAGCAGGGGUGGGGCCUGGAGUCACUUAUUUCCUACUCUCUUUGAUCCCAGAGCUUUUGAGAAAAGUCAGUAUUGCCUUUUUCAUACACAGGGUUGUGCCUUUUGUAAAACCAUUUCCAACAGCAGUACCAUCUCCAGCAGUUUAGUGGCUGCCUUCCCAGAUGGGAGACAGGCCUUAGGGAGAAAGCACGUGGGAAAACAAACAUGCUUUGUUAAAGGGUCUCUUGUCCGCAAUUUCCACAAGAGGAGGAUAAUCCUUGUUUUAAAGGUAAUCACUGCAGGUGUCUGGAAAUGUUUGAGGGGGCGACGAAGGGAGAAAGCACACACCCUUUUCUGUCUUUGGUGUUCUCCAGGAAAUGUGCACAAGGUUAACGUCACUGUUUUCAUUUCAUCAGCAAAAGACCAAGAACGCACCUUAAAUCAGGAAAGACUGAGCCCUCGCCAUUGAGUUGCAAUUUCCCUGCUGAUGAUACAGUGUAUAUUAAUAGGAGAAAUUUUGGAUUCUGAGCAAUAAGAGGCCACAGGGGAAUUUAAGGAAGAGGCUGGAAGUGCUAGACAAAGCCUAGCCUGCCAAACUGCAGCAAUCAGCAUUCUUACUUCCUUUUUAAAGGAACCAAGUUGUUGGUGAAAUGAUUUUUUUUUUAAUAAAUCGGCUUAUUAAAAUGAAUGGAAUUUGGGCCCUUUUCACCCAUAAUGUCACAUUCCAACAGCUGGCCAAAGCAUUGCAUUAAACAGUCUGAAAACUAAGAUCUUCCAUGCUGCCUAAGAGAAUUAGAUGCCCACUAUAAGUAAUGGGAGGUACUAAUCUAAACCCCCUAGACACCUUUGCAAAUCUUGGACAAUACUUGUAUUGCAUAUAGUUUCAAACAAGUUAAUCUGGUGUAGAUCACUCCCAGUUUAGCACUGGGGGUGUCUGCACAUGCAUUAACGCACUUUAGUUAAUGCACAUUAAAUCUAGUACCACCAUUGUGAAGUCCCAGGACAAUGCGCAUUAGCUUGUCUUAAUGCACAUUAACUAAAGUGCAUGCUUUUUAGUGACACUUAAUUUGCUUUAGCCUAUUUUAAUGUGUAUUAACUAAAUAGUACUUUUUUAGUGACACUUUUUUUUUUUUUA